UCCGAAGCUCCUCUAAGUAUAAAAACAUCAAAUCAUCUUUCCCCCAGCUUCCAUCUUCGCCUCUUUCUAUCAUUGUUCAUCGCCCCAAAAUACGAUCAUAACCUGCUUUUUUCAAAAAAAAAAGAAAAAAAAAAAAAAAAAGGAUCACAACCUGAGGGGAUGAAAUGGAAGCUGCAAGUGAGGCAGGGAACGCCGAUGAGCUCGAAGCUAUGUGCAUGGAAGACUCCUCUUGGCACCCAUGCCAAGUUUCUCUCAGCUCUACUGGAGAUAGCCUAAUUGUAGAAUUUGGGCGCCAGGAGUUAGAAGAUAUGGUGUUGAACAAGGAUGAAGCACUUUCCCGUCUCCGCUUCCGUUCUACUCCUCUUGAAGGCAAUGACUGCGCUCACAUUGAAGGAGAGAAAGUUCUUGCAAUUAACAAGUCACAGUUUAAGAGCCACUUAUGUGAUGCCAAGGUGGAAAAGGUGCUCAGAGUGAGACACUCACAGAGGGUCUAUUGUAGAUGCACUUUCAUGAUCGAAUGGCUUCACCAAGAACUCAAAGGACAGACCGUGACUCUCCCCUCUAGUUCAAUUAUGAAACUAGCAAGCAAAAGCAUCAUUGUCCAUCCAACUGUUGCUGCAUUCUUGAAAUCAGUUAAACAAAUGGGUCCGAAUAGUGCUUCUCCCUUUCCAGUCAUGCAUGAGGAGUUUGGAUUUGAAUUGGACCUUAACAAAUUGCUGGAAAAGCAAAUAGAAGAGAUCAAUAUUUCAACUAAUGGAUUCAGAAAAGAAAUCACAGAAAACAUUUUAGAGGGGGUCAAAGCUGAUAACAAGGGACACAUUCUACUCAAUCCUGUUGCUGCAUCCAAAAUAUGCAUUUCAGAUGUUCAGGUUUCUCAUGACCAAGAUCAAUCAAAAAGUACUGCUCAGAGUUCUAUUGAAUACGAAGUAAACAUAGAAGAUGAGGGUCUACAAGCCCCUCGCUCAUCCAUGCAAGAAGAGCAUUCAGAAUACAAGUCUCGCCUUAGUCCUCUUGGUGCUCGUGCAGCUCUGGCCUUACUAGUAUCAAGUAGUCACAAGCAUAUUGCUAUAGGUGGGACUGAACUUUUCAAAUCUUGUGGUAGUGACAACAUGUCUACUAAAGAUACUAAAGCUCAUAAGAAUGAAAAUAAGACUUCAGAUGCUACAAAAACGAGCUCAGUUGUGCAGAGAGGUUUUGAAAUUCAAAAUAGUGAUACUCACCUGAGAAAUUCUGCCAAAGAGAUUAAGCCAAGGGCCUUAACCAGUGCAAGAAGGUUGACACGCUCAGCAAUCCAACAAGAAAAAUAUAAAUUGACCGUGACAGUUGAACAAGGGUUGGACGAGAGCAAGUCAGCUCGUGCUGCAGGGUCAUUUUCUUCAGUAGGAAAUGUCACCAUUCAUGAAAGCAAUGUAUUGAAAGAGAAGAAUGAUGUAUCAAAAAAGAAGAAAGUAGUCUCUUCGCCAUUUCAUGCCGAGAGUAACAUUCCUAUGGAAGAAAGAGAUAAAAAGCUGAUGUCUGGUGAUGCUGGAGCCAUUCAAGAUAUAUGUGAUCCAAUUAAGACUUGUGGUAAAGAGUCUAAAAACACUAAGUCAGCUGUUACAACCAACAUGAGGAGGUCGACUCGUUUGACAUGUUCUUCUGAAGAGAAUGGAACAGUUCCUGAAAACCAUGGAAAGGAAGAGAAAAGUGGUGGACCAAGAAAGAAAACAGCUGUCUCUCCUUCAGCUGACAAGGACAAGAAUAUGCAUGGCGAAGAAAGCAAUGAAAAGCACAUGUCUGGUGCUGUCACAAGAUCUGGAAACACUCGACAAAUUGAAGGAAAAGUUUCAGGAAGUGGUGGUAAAAGCCAAGGCCAGAAGAGGAAGUCUGCUUCCUCCAGUAAGCAAGAGCUACGAUUUUCUCCACGAUUGAAGUUUCUCCCUCAGACUCACUCACAAAAGAAGUUUUAAACUAGCUUUCUUCAUCAGGAUUACUCACAAUCAAGUGACGCAGCAUUUUGGGGACUGGAAAGAGGUAAAACUGUUUUUCCUCCUUUGCAUAUGUUUAAAAGCGAGAACCGGGACUACAAGUGAAAUGAACACAAAGUAUGCUUCUUGUACUCUGGAUCAUCUAUGUGAAUUGGUUGCAUGAGUGAACAUAUCAACAGCUUAGUUGCUUGUUAUA